AUGGAGGUGCAUUCGCCCGCCGCGAAUGUGAACCUCGCGAGCUCGUUGAAUUCACGUCCGUUGCUCCGCGUUGAGGAGCCUCGGAUGGAGUAUGUGAAGAGGUACACCCUUGAAUACCUCGUGUGCAGCGCGGUCUUGAUUUACAUGACCUUUGGGGUGGUCUUUGCGCAGCUCGCCGGGUUAAGCCAUCGCGCCCACGCCGCCUUACAACCCUACCUCCACCCACCCUGGGCUCCUUUUGAUAGGCUCGGGAGCCAUGGCGUGGAUGUGACGGAUGGGCAGUGGUAUUACAUGAUCGUCUUCCUUCCAUACGCGUUGCCGAUUAUGGGGGGGUUUGUGGUCCUCUCCCGUCGAGUCCGACGAGGGGCUCGGGGGAUGUCGACCCCAACGGAGGCCUUUGGGGGGGGGGGUAUUUUGCCCAGCACCUCUCCAACGAGUGGCGCCCGGGGGCCGACGAGUACGACCUCGACCGAGGUGAAAAGUUUGAAUGGGCUGAAUCCGCGCGGGAAUGGGGGUGAGGGGAGUUCGUUUUCCCGUCGUCAAUGCACCUCCGUCGAGGUGGGGGAGGGCUCGGCGGUGGAUUGGAGCGAUUCCCUCCACGGCAGGGCGACGGCGGAGGCCGUUCACUUCGCGCGAGAUCUGCGGCGGACGCAUAUUUUGCAUUUCCUCUUUGGCUUGUUCGUCGCGGUGGGGGUGACGGGGAUGGAUUCCCUCUUCGGUCUCGUAUUCAUCCUGGCGAAUUAUUUCGGGAUUCGGAUGCUGUAUAGGUACCGUAGUUUUCGUCUUUCGAUGGCGGUGAUGUGGAGCACGCACAUCGCGGUUCUCUUCCUGCAUUAUUUUGUAGGGAAGUACCGCUUUAGUUGGUUUGGUCUAGGCAUGCUGGAUGACCUGUGGCAGCCGUUGUUUCGUUGGACGAUGGUUUAUAACAUGUCGAUGCUGCGCAUGAUUUCGUUCAACAUGGAUCUCUACGAGGCGAUGGAUCUCGAGAGCAGCGCGGAGAAGCGUGAACACACGAUUCAAAAACACGAGUCCUCCUGCGUGGAGUGCGCCGAGAUCCGACAGAAAAGUCGAGACCCCGCGCAUGGCUUCUUAUCGGAGGAAAUUCGAUGUUAUCGAUGCCGCACGGACUGCCCCCGCUUACCGCAGGAGUUUAAUCUUCUUAGUUAUUUGGCGUAUAUGUUUUACCUUCCGCUCUUCUUGACGGGCCCUAUGCUCUCGUUUAACGCCUACACGUCGUACCUCCACCACGCGACGCGAGGGAUUGUUGGGCGGGCGCUCUGGCGCUACGCCCUUCGUUGCGCCGGGAGUGGGGUGUUGCUUUCCUUCUUGAUGCACUACGCGCACGUGAUGGGGCUUUUGGAGUUAUAUCGACGCGGGCAACUCAGGGAUAUAACGCCGCCCGAUCCACCCAAAGCGGGGUUUUUUCCCGGAGAGCAGCAAACUCCCGUCAUUUCAAUAUCCCCAACCCAAAAGAUCCUCCUUUUUUACUCGCUUCUCGGAUUCCUCUGGCUGAAGUUGGAUUUCGUUUGGAAGCUAGCCCGCCUGAUCGCGCUUUUCGACGGCGUCGAGCCGCCCGAGGAUAUGCGGCGCUGCUUUUGCAACACGGUAAGCAUUCAAGACUUUUGGCGGGAUUGGCAUGCGUCGUUCAAUAUGUGGAUUGUGCGCUACAUGUACAUUCCUAUGGGGGGGAAAAAAAACAAAGUUUUUGCCAUCUUUAUCAUUUUCUUCUUCAUUGCCAUCUGGCAUGACAUCGAUGUGAAGCUGCUUUACUGGGCGGGGCUCACGUGCGUCUUUUUCGUUCCCGAAAUCUUCGUGACCUCAUUCUUCGCCACCACCAAAAACAAAUUUAUACAACGUCUGAAGAAGCGGCCGAUGGCGUGGCGGUGGGUGCGGAUUAUCGGCGCCCAGUUUGGAAUUAUGGAGUUGAUUUUAAUCAACCUCACAGGGUUCAUGUUGGGGAGCGCUGCCCCAAAAUACGAAGUUUGGGAUCUUUUCCACAAAACCAGCUGGAGUUGCAUCUUUUUUGUAUUGCUAUUUACAUUUUGCGGCGCAAACGUCGCGGUGCAGGAUCGAGAUCGGCAAGCUCAUGAGGAGCGUGUGCUGCGGAUUAAAUACAAUCUGAAAGCUAAGUGA